UUUAAAUAAAAAACACAUCUUUAGACAAAAAAAGCUUUGAAAUAAUAUUAGAAAAAUUUAUGAGAAAAAUCUAUAUUACCCUUGUUCGUCAUGUUUUUGUGUUCUUGUCUGUGUUAGUGGUGGUGAGUUGGGGAUUAGAGAGAUGUGAGGCCACUGGGAAGUUCAGCUUCGAAGUUCACCACAUGUUCUCUGAUGCUGUCAAGCAGACUCUAGGGCUUGACAAUCUUGUUCCCGAGAAGGGAAGUACGGAGUACUUCAAGGUUUUGGCCCACCGUGACCAGUUGAUCAGGGGUCGAGGUCUUGCUUCCAACAACGAAAAGCCAUCUGUCACGUUCAUGCGGGAAAACCUCACGAUUGGAGUCGACGUUCUGGGAUCCCUCCAUUAUGCUAAUGUCUCUGUGGGAACACCGGCUACAUGGUUCUUCGUGGCUCUGGACACGGGCAGCGAUUUGUUUUGGUUGCCUUGUAACUGUGGUACAACGUGUAUCCGUGACUUGAAAGAUAUUGGACUUCCACAGAGUCGACCACUCAAUAUAUACAGCCCCAACGCAUCUUCUACGAGCUUAAGCAUUAGAUGCAGUGACAAGCGUUGUUUUGGAUCGAGAGGAUGUUCUUCUCCUGCAAGUAUUUGCCCUUAUCAGAUCCAGUACCUUUCUAACAACACAUUCACCAGAGGGAACUUGGUGGAGGAUGUGUUGCAUUUGGUCACAGAGGAUGAUGGUCUAGAGCCUGUUAAAGCUAAUGUCACGCUUGGUUGCGGUCAGAAUCAGACAUGUUUGUUCAGGGAAGGUAUUGCUUUGAACGGUCUUCUCGGGCUUGGUUUGGAAGAUUACUCUGUUCCAAGUGUACUGGCAAAAGCAAAUAUUACCGCAAACUCCUUCUCAAUGUGUAUUGGGAAUGUCAUUGACGUUAUUGGGAUAAUCAGCUUCGGAGACAAAGGCUACACAGACCAGCAGGAGAGGCCACUAGUUCCUGUUGGACCAAGGUAUCCAGUUUGAUUCUGACAUGAGUUUCAAAAGUUGUUCAGUUUGGUGUUUGUAGAUUAGUGAAAAUUUAAUUUGAAAAAUGCAUAGGAGAGACUAUUUAUAGAUUUUUAAAACCUACUAGAUUUUUUUUCCGCGCUACGCGCGGAUUAUAUGUUUUAAAUUCCGAACCCGAACUGAAACCGCAAAGAUCUAAACCGAACCCGAACUGAAAUUUAGAAAUACCUGAAUGAGGCUAAAAUCUUUAAAUCCGAAAUCCGAAUAGAUCCGAACAAAACCGGAUGGGUAUCCGAACACCCACCUUAGUAUGCGUCUUUAUUAAUGUUUUGGUUAAAUAUCCUUAAUAUUAUGUGUUAUAUUGAAAUUAUGUUGUUUUAAUUAUCUGUAUUUAUCUUUCAGAACUGUUUAUAUAUCUAUUUUAAUUGGUAACCGAAAAAGAUAUAAGCAUAUAUUUUCUAAGUAAUUAUUACAAUAAUUUUAUUCCAUUUUUAAAUGUAAAUUUGGAUAAAUGCAUAAAAUUGAAUUUCAUUUACCUUCAAAUACAUCGGAUUCAAAUCUAAAUAAGUAAAACAAACAUAUGUCUUUGCAGUUAAAAUCAUUGAGGUUACAGCUUCUCAGCUUGGCUCAGCAAAAACCCUAAUCAUUCCCAUAAUGUCCUAUAAUUUGUAUCAUUUUAAGUAUUAUAUAUUCGUCUGUGAACACAUACAUAUUUAAAACUCUUAUCAAACAAACAAAAAUUUUGAUUUGUAAAACUUCUAAUUGCUGUGUCCAACACUUUAAUAAUAUAAUAUGUUAAAUAAGUGGUGAAUUUGUAUAACUGCUGGACCUCUAAUACCAAAUUAAAAUAACACUAUUUUUUUUUCAUUUUUAUUUAAUGUUUUGGAAUUGUGCACAUAUAUUAAAAACAUUUAAUUUAUAUUUUUCUAAAAUAAAACAUCAUUUAACCAUAUUUCAUUCAACGCAUAAAUAAUCUGCAAAAUAUAAAAUAUAAAAUAGCAUAAAAAUAACAAAAUUUAUAUUGAAAAUUGAAAAAUUCUUGUAGUUUUAAACCAAAAAACUUCAAACUUCAUAUACUAAAAACAGAGUGUAUAGUAGAGAUAUUUUCUUACAUCUAUGAAUAUAGGCCAGAGCAUUUUAUUCGGACCCAAAAAUUUGAACCAUAACCGACGCGAAAAUACUCCAUAUGAAACCGGACAGGAAAUUUAUAAAUACCUAGUUGGUUUAAAAUUGCCUUACAAAAAACAACCGAAACCGGAAAAAAUAAACGAACCGAAUAGACCCAGACCCUAAUAGACCCUGCCCCAUAAAGAACCGACCUGAAUAGAUCCGAUUAUAAGACCCAUUUCAUAUCCGACCUAAAACCAUGAAUAUCCAAAACUAUGAUUUUAUGUGUUCUGUUUUCUCUGUAUUUAUUUAAUGAUUUAGUUGAAAUGUCUUUUUGUUAGCAAUCUUCGUUAUUAUAUUAAUGAUUUUUAAGCAAUAUGAAACUUUAAAUGUCAAAUUUAUAAUUUAUAAUUUUAAUAAUUAAUAGUUUAUUUUGGUUAUUUUGUAAAAUUUUAGAUAAAUAUGACGGAUUUAGGCUAGAUUUUGAUGGAGUUGGGUACUUCAGUUUUUGGAUCCUAAAUACCCGACCGGCUAUGGAUCCGAAAAUGACAUGUAUUUUUACUAUAGAUCCAAACCGAUCCGGAUCCAAGAGGAACCGAUCCGGACCUUAAAGGAACCGACUUGAAUCCAGAUAAAAAAUUCCAAAUACCUAAUUGGAACCAAAUGCUAAGAUCCGAAGGGCUCGGACUCGAGAGGAACUGAACCGAAGACGCGAACUCUCAGUCCUAUGUCAAUAUAUAUUAUCUUGCAUAUGUAGAUACAUAUUAUUUUCUGCAAUGAUAUAUUAUAAUAUUAUAGAAAUAUUACAUAGACGAUUUUGUAUCCGACAAUGCUCCUUAGUUUAUGAAAAUUCAUGUCUGAUUACAUCAUUUGAAUUGUUCUAUUAAAUCGACGUCUGGCUAUACUUUCUGCACCAUAUUAAAGAUUUUGUAUGAAAAAAUCUACUAAUCUGCAUAGUUUGUUCUAUUCUAGGAUUCUAAAAUGAGAAUUCAUGGUGUAAAAUCAUUAAUGAACCAUUACUAAACCAAAAAAUAAAACAAACUUCCACUUGUAGAUAUAUUUUUUUCCUAUUUGAUUAAGGGGACAUCCGUUUCUGGUGUGGAAUAUAUAUGUUGUUCAUGCUUAAUUUUGAUGGAAUUAAAAUAUGUAUAGAUGGUUUGGUCGGAUUAUGAGAGAUUAAAAGUAUUUUUGUGUUUUUUUUCUAGUAUCAAUUCAUUUUUAUAGUAAACAAUUUAAAUUAUUUUUCAAUUUAAUUUAAAUUUUAAAAUACCUUGUUUUACAAUAUGCCAUAAAACAUUUAUUACACAAGAUUUCAUUUGUUUGAAUAUGUCCAUGUUUUCACAAAUGAUGUAACAUAUGCAUAUUGUGUCUGUGGCAAAAACUAACGUACUUAAUUUGCUAAAUUAUUUUUUACUAAACAGUUAAAUUGAUCUUAAUUUGUUAUGUGCAACUUUUCUAAUUUCAUUUAUAAAGACGUGAAGACUCCAAAAAAUCACAAAUAUUAUUCGAAUAGUAAAACAAACAAAUAAUUAUUUACUGCAUCACUCCACAUUACAAAUCGUGUAAUCUUUUUCUUGACUCACAACACAAAAAAAAUUUAUAUGUUCUUCAGGUCAUCAAAGAGACAUAUAAUUUACAUAGGAUAUAAGAUGUUUCAGAUCAGGAAAUAAAGUACUUGGUUGUGGCUUUUGCUUCCUCAGAGACUAAUCUGUGUCUCAUUCCUUCAAAGCCAUAAUCUGCAAUUCAACAGAGAUGUCAGAAAAGGUUGUAGAUUUGCCGACAAAUCUGAGGUACACGGAGAACAGCAAAUCGAUUCCAGUUCCAGCGGCGAAAACUGAGUAAGAAGCUCUGAAAUCGCUCCACAUGAUCUAUGUAUAGAGAGUAUUGUUGUUCGGUUCUGUUGAUGAUCACUGCCUAUCAACAAAGACAGAAGGUUCUCCUUGUAGAGUUAUCUAUCCUUGCUUUUCGCUUGUGUUUUGUUUAUUUGGUGAAGGCAGCCUGGUUUUUCAGGAAUGUUGCCAUGUUUGGAAUCAAAAUAAUCAGUUGUAAAAAUCAAAUCAGAUUUUACCUCAUGUGCUAGUACUGUUACAGGUGUUAAUACUUUACUGUCAAACCUGGUUAAAA